ACAAUUUUAGGAGAAUGUCAUUAUUUGGAAAACAAACUAUAAUUUUAUAUGGUGUUAUAUCUCAACAUUUUCAUUGUAAUUACUCAGGUAUCUACUGUUGGGUAACAUCUACAUCAUCAAUCUCGAAAAAACUUGGGAGUAACUUCAGCUUGUUGCCCGGGUUAUUGUCGCCAUUGAGAACCCCCAAGAUAUAAUUGUGCAAUCUGCAAGGCCAUAUGGCCAGAGAUAUGUCCUGAAGUUUGCACAAUACACCUGCUCUCAGAUUACGCUCAUGGUUGAUCUGUUCUUCUAUAGAGAACCUGAAGAGGCCAAGGAACAGGAAGAAGCAGAGGCUCCGGUGGCUCCUGAUUAUGGUGCUGUGGCUGAGUUCAUAGGCAUGGGUAUGGCUACCAGUGGACUUCUGACCAAUGGGCAGACAUGGGAGCUGGUGCCCCUGUCUCUUCAGUUCCUGCUGGUGACUGGACUGCUGUUCCAGAAUGCCACUGAUGGCAGCCAACACGGUUAAAGGAUAUCCCUCCCUUGUUUAAAAGAAAUGUUGUUGUUGAUGCUUGCUUAAUAUCCUAACAAGGCUCAUGUUCAUACCCCGGUAGAUUUGUUUAUUUACUAGUAUUUCUUGAUGGAUGAUUAAACCUAUUACUAAUUGAUAAUAUCCAAGUAUUGUUCUCCUGAAACGAUCUUUUUUGAUAUAUUGAUAAAUUUGUUUCUGUUCUUCUUUCCCCCUUUUUGUGAAUAGCUCUAGUAGUAGUUGAUGGAUGGGAUGCCGCUCUUGCUCCUCCAGCAGAAGGUCCUGUUGCUGUUGCUUCUGUCGUACCUGUCGGUGGCUGGGAAGCUUCACCCCCUGCUACUACAGGCUGGGAAUAGAUCUUUAGUUAUCAUGGUGAAUUGGGGUCUGGAUUUAUAAAGAUCGUUUAGAUGUUGCGUGAAAAUUGUUAUUGUUUAUUAAGUUUUCGACUUUUAGGCUGCUGAACUGUUUUUACUCCUUUAUUAGUUGUACCUUUUCUCUUUCUUUUUCUCUUGAAAACAUGGAUGAGAGUAAAUUUUGUUAUAUUUGACAUCAUGGUUGUCUUCAUGUGUA